AGCACUCCCUCUCUUUUCUCCCUUCUCCCCUUCCAUUUUUCCACUCAUUUUUAUUCCCAGAUUUUCCUUUUAUUUAAUCUUCGAUUUGCGAAAUCGAAAGGAAAAUUCCCCCAAAAUUUCCUCUUUGUUCUUCGCCGCUCAAUCUUAGCUUCUGUUAGCUUUCGUAAGACCUUUUGUUUAUUUUUUUAAACGGCAACAGGUUUUCGACUCUGAUAUUUCUGCUGCUCUCUUCGAAACCCUAACCCUAGUUUCGCAUUCCCCUAGUUAGUGCGAGGCCGCCGCAGAGGCGAGAAGACUAAUUCGCCUCCGAAGCUUGGGGGUUCUCCGUCUGAAAAAUUGCAGGAGAUUGUCUGCAGAGUUGGAGAUAAUAGCUGCUAAAUGGCUGAUCAUCGGAACGCAAAUGGCCAGCCUCCAAAUGGGACAGCUACUGGAUCAGGAAGUAUUUACUCUAUCAAUCUGGAAAACUUCAGCAAACGUUUGAAGGCGUUGUAUUCACAUUGGAAUGAACACAAAUCUGAGCUCUGGGGUUCUUCUGAUGUCCUUGCAGUAGCAACACCACCACCUUCAGAAGAUCUGCGUUACCUGAAAUCAUCAGCUCUAAACAUUUGGUUGUUGGGUUAUGAGUUUCCAGAGACAAUAAUGGUUUUCACAAAGAAGCAGGUUCAUUUCUUGUGUAGCCAGAAGAAGGCUUCUCUGCUUGAAGUUGUGAAGAAAUCUGCUAAGGAGGCUGUAGGGGUAGAUGUUGUGAUGCAUGUUAAGGCAAAGAGUGAUGAUGGAACUGCAUUGAUGGAUGCUAUAUUUCGGUCCAUCCGAGCACAAUACAAGGGAGUUGAAAAUGAUGCUCCUGUUUUUGGUUACAUUGCACGAGAGGCUCUUGAAGGGAAGCUUUUGGAGACAUGGGCUGAAAAACUAAAAAGUGCAACAUUUCAGCUUACGGAUGUAACCAAUGGGUUGUCUGACCUGUUUGCUGUGAAGGAUAAAGAAGAGCUUAUGAAUGUAAAGAAAGCUGCUUACUUAAGUUACAAUGUGAUGAACAAUGUUGUGGUUCCAAAGCUUGAGAAUGUGAUUGAUGAGGAAAAGAAAAUCACCCAUGCUACCUUGAUGGAUGAAACAGAGAAAGCCAUAGUGAAUCCACAGCUGGCCAAAGUAAAGCUCAAACCAGAGAAUGUUGAUAUUUGUUACCCUCCCAUAUUUCAAAGUGGGGGUGAGUUUGAUCUCAGACCUAGUGCUGCAAGUAAUGAACAGAAUCUGUACUAUGAUUCGGCCAGUGUUAUCUUAUGUGCAGUUGGAGCUCGCUACAGCAGUUAUUGCUCAAAUAUUGCUAGGACUUUCUUGAUUGAUGCCAGUCCACUUCAGAGCAAGGCCUAUGAGGUUCUUCUUAAGGCCCAUGAAGCUGCAAUUGGAAUGUUGAAAUCUGGGCGCAAAAUUAGUGCUGUAUAUCUAGCAGCACUUUCAGUUGUUGAGAAGGAUGCUCCUGACUUGAUUCCGAAUCUUACCAAAUCUGCUGGGACAGGAAUUGGUCUUGAGUUUCGUGAGUCAGGGCUUAAUCUCAAUGCGAAGAAUGAUCGUGUGGUGAAAGCAGGAAUGGUUUUCAAUGUGUCACUUGGUUUUCAGAACUUGCAGUGUGAGAGUAAUAAGUCAAAGAACAGGAAUUUUUCUCUGUUGCUUGCUGAUACAGUUAUUGUUGGUGAACAAAAUGAGGAAGUGGUGACUGGAAAAAGUUCCAAGGCUGUCAAGGAUGUGGCUUACUCAUUCAAUGAGGAUGAGGAAGAAGAGGAAAAUUCAGUGAAGGCUGAAACUAAUGGCUCUGACACCUUCAUGUCUAAGACAGUGCUCAGGUCAGAUAAUCAUGAGAUCUCUAAGGAGGAGUUAAGGAGGCAGCACCAAGCAGAACUUGCUCGUCAGAAGAAUGAAGAAACAGCUAGGCGGCUUGCUGGUGGAAGUGGGACUGGAGAUAAUCGAUCAGUUGCAAAGACUUCAGCUGAUUUGAUUGCUUAUAAGAAUGUCAAUGACUUGCCCUCUCCGAGAGAUUUUAUGAUUCAAAUUGACCAAAAGAAUGAGGCUGUACUCUUGCCAAUAUAUGGUAGUAUGGUCCCUUUCCAUGUGGCUACUGUGAGGACAGUUUCCAGCCAGCAGGAUACCAAUCGAAAUUGCUUUAUCCGGAUUAUAUUUAAUGUUCCAGGGACCCCUUUUAGUCCCCAUGAUUCAAACUCUUUAAAGAAUCAAGGGGCAAUAUAUCUAAAGGAAGUCUCAUUUCGCUCCAAGGAUCCAAGGCACAUAAGUGAAGUGGUACAGCAGAUUAAAACACUUCGUCGGCAUGUUGUGGCCAGGGAGUCUGAGAAAGCGGAGAGGGCAACCUUGGUUACUCAGGAGAAACUCCAACUUGCAGGGAACAGGUUCAAGCCAAUAAGGUUGUUUGACCUUUGGAUUCGUCCUCCUUUUGGUGGUCGUGGGAGAAAGAUUCCUGGAACACUUGAAGUUCAUGUUAAUGGUUUUCGAUAUUCUACUUCUAGAGCUGACGAGCGUGUGGACAUUAUGUUCGGAAACAUAAAGCACGCAUUCUUCCAGCCUGCAGAGAAAGAGAUGAUCACUCUCCUUCACUUUCACCUGCACAAUCACAUAAUGGUGGGAAACAAAAAAACUAAGGAUGUGCAAUUUUAUGUUGAGGUUAUGGAUGUUGUCCAGACAUUGGGAGGGGGAAAGAGGUCUGCCUAUGAUCCAGAUGAGAUUGAAGAAGAGCAAAGGGAGAGGGAUAGGAAGAAUAAGAUCAACAUGGACUUUCAGAGUUUUGUGAAUCGGGUGAAUGAUCUGUGGGGGCAGCCUCAGUUUAAUGGCCUAGAUCUUGAGUUUGAUCAGCCUCUUAGGGAACUUGGCUUCCAUGGGGUCCCUUACAAAGCCUCAGCUUUUAUUGUGCCGACUUCAAGCUGUCUGGUUGAGCUGGUAGAGACUCCUUUCCUUGUGGUUACCUUAAGUGAGAUUGAGAUUGUGAACCUUGAGAGAGUUGGCCUUGGGCAGAAAAACUUUGACAUGACCAUUGUGUUUAAGGACUUCAAGCGAGAUGUACUUAGGAUUGACUCCAUUCCUUCAACCUCACUUGAUGGUAUCAAGGAGUGGCUUGACACUACAGACCUGAAGUAUUAUGAGAGCAGGCUGAAUCUGAAUUGGCGGCAGAUUUUGAAGACAAUUACUGAUGAUCCGCAGAGCUUCAUAGAAAAUGGGGGUUGGGAAUUUUUGAACUUGGAAGCUAGUGAUUCAGAUUCUGAGAACUCAGAGGAUUCAGAUCAGGGUUAUGAGCCAUCUGAUAUAGAGCCUGAAUCUGAGUCAGAGGAUGAUGACUCUGAUAGCGAGUCACUGGUUGAAUCUGAGGACGAAGAGGAGGAAGAUUCUGAGGAAGACUCAGAAGAAGAGAAGGGAAAGACAUGGGAGGAGUUGGAGAGGGAAGCAAGCAAUGCAGACAGGGAGAAAGGGCAUGAAUCGGAUAGUGAAGAGGAUAGGAGGAGAAGGAAAAUGAAGACUUUUGGGAAAUCACGAGCUCCUCCUAGUAGUGCUAUUCGCAAACGUUCCAAGCUACGAUAGAUGUGAUAGUUUUUUUUUUUUUUUCACAUGGUCAGUUUAUUUUUAAUGUUAAACAUGAUUUUAGUAGCAGCUGGUGCUUUAGAAGAAUAUAGUUUUCUAACAUAGCUCUGAACUGUAUUAGGAUCUUGUUCCUUUGUCUUAAUCGGUUAGGCACUAAGUUGGAUUGUCUGGAGGCAAGAUUUUGGUUGUAAAUUGGUGGCAUCAGUUCAAUGGAAGUAAAAGUUUAUUA